AUGGAGUACGAAGACGUCAAUAACGGAGGGAAACUUGUAAUCCUAACAUGGACUCUCCUCGCCAUAUCAACCAUCAUCACGCUUGCUAGAUUAUACACUCGCACGAGGCUCAUCAAGGCCCUCGGCUGGGAUGAUGGAUUCAUGGUUCUUGCCCUGGCAUGUUCCGCCAUUAAUUCGGCCUUGAUCACUGCCAGCAUCUCACACGGUACCGGGCGUCACCAGGUCUUCCUCACCGAUGAGCAGAGAACCCAGGCGGAUAAGUUCAACUGGAUCUCCCAGUCCUUCCACGUCAUGUCCACGAACUGGGCCAAAGUCUCCAUCGUAUUCUUUCUUCUCCGUCUUGUUCAAAAGGCAAAGGGCCCAGCCCCUUACCUUUACGGCGGUAUGGUCUUGCUUACGAUUAGCAACGUUGUUUGUGUAUAUACGAUAUUCGGCCAAUGCAUGCCUGUGCAAUCGCUCUGGGACCAUAGUAUCAAAGGGAAGUGCUGGGACCCAAGAAUCCAGAGGAACUAUGCAUUUUUCCAGGGAGCGAUCUCGGCAUUCUCUGAUCUCGUACUGGCUAUAUAUCCUAUAACUAUAAUUUCGACGCUUCACAUGCCGGUACGGUUGAAGCUUGCCCUCGGGUCAAUUCUCUCUCUUGGUGUAAUUGCAAUGGGUGCCGCCAUCGUCAAAACAAUAUUCCUUUCCCGUCUCUCCGCACGCGCAGACUAUUCCUGGAAUACCAUCGACCUCGUCGUCUGGGCGUGUAUUGAACAAUAUCUAAUCAUCAUCGCCGCUUGUAUUCCGACCCUGGGACCACUGGUCAGUCUCAUCCUUAAUGAGACCUUGUCUUCACGUAAAUCGUCACAGAAUUCACACUCAUGGCGGCACACUCUACGUCGAAAACCGCGUCCGGGAUACGACAUCACCCUACCGAGCGUGGGCAUAGACACCCAGAUUGACACCCAGAUGGACACCCAGGUAGACACCCAGGUGUCAGAAGAGGCCAUAGGGAUGUACGGAGUAGGACAGGCAAAGGCGGAGCCAGAUUAUUAUACCCUCCAUACUGCUCAUAGAGGAGACAGCGAUGCGACGAGCCAGGAGCCUAUAGUACCCAAAUGA